AUGGCGAAGGCAAGAGUUGCCCCAUUCAAGCCUGUAACUAUACCUGGACUGGAACUACAAGCUGCAACAAUUUCAGCAAAGGUUUCUAGGGUUCUCGAGACAGAAAUGGGCUAUAAAGACAUGUCACAUCAUUUUUGGACGGAUUCCAAGGUAGUCUUGGGAUAUAUAAAGAAUGAUAUGAAGAGACUCAAGAUGUUCGUCGCGAACAGGGUUCAACGAAUUAGAGAAGUUUCCCAGCCAGCACAGUGGAAAUAUGUUCCAACCACUGAUAACCCUGCAGAUCAUGCCACACGUGGUCUAACAGCUGAUGAAAUCGCCAAAUCCAACUGGCUUACAGGCCCUAAGUUUUUGUGGGAAACAGAGGCUUCACCUCAGACUGCAGACAUUGACUUGGAAAUCCCAGCAGAUGAUGUAGAGGUUAAACCGACAGUUGUACAUAUUGUACAGAGAAUGAAGUUCACUAGCUUCACGGAGAGGAUGAGCAGAUUUUCUAGCUAUUUAAAGGCAGUGACAGCAGUGGCAGUCAUUGUUGAAUGUUCAAUUUUGUUGCCAAAGGGAAACCAUUUCUCAACUUUGGUUGCAAGUCAUUAUCAUGACCGCAUAGGUCAUCAAGGUCGAGGCAUGACUAUCAACGAGAUUCGGAAUCAUGGAUACUGGAUUGUUGGGUGUCGUUCAACAGUUUCGUCCCUGAUCCAAAACUGCGUUACGUGCAAAAAACUGAGAGGAAGAAGAGUGUCACAAAAAAUGGCAAACCUCCCAGAAGACAGGACAGAACCCUCUCCACCAUUUACCCACUGUGGACUGGACUGUUUUGGGCCGUUUAUGAUCAAAGAAGGACGAAAGGAGCUGAAGAGGUAUGGGUUAAUCUUCACAUGCCUCGCAUCAAGAGCUGUUCAUAUUGAGGUCUUAGAUGAUAUGUCUACAGAUUCGUUCAUCAAUGCAUUGAGAUGCCUUAUUGCCAUUCGAGGAAAUGUACUCAUGAUUCGCUGUGACCAGGGAACCAACUUUGUUGGUGCGAGUCAUGAAAUGAAGGAGAAUCUUAACAAGUUAUACAUUGAUAGUAUCGCAAGAAAACUUCUCUCCCAAAAUUGUGAGUUCUUAUUUAACACUCCUUCAUCAAGCCACAUGGGCGGAGUAUGGGAGAGGCAGAUCCGGACUAUCAGAAGUGUCUUAGAUGGAAUCCUGAUCCAGAAUGGAACCCAGCUGAACACAUCAGCUUUGCGUACAUUCCUGUACGAGACAAUGGCCAUAAUCAACAGCAGACCACUGACUGUGGAUGAUUUGGAAGACUCUAACGAGCCCCUUCCUCUAUCGCCAAACAAUAUCCUCACAAUGAAGUCUGGAAUUGUCACCCCUCCACCUCCUGGAGAUUUCGUUGAGGGAAGAUAUAUAUGCGAGAAAGAGGUGGCGCAGAGUCCAAUAUCUGGCUAA